UUUCUGCAGUAUAUACCACAAAAAGGAGUCGCGACGAAAGCCCCGGGCAUAGUGGACGAGUAGUCUUAGCGCUGAAGUGUAGUUUACCUUGUGUUCUGGAGAUAUGGGAUCUUUGGUCACGUCUCUGCUGCUGGUACUGCCACUGCUAUGUGAUGGCCGCAUCAUAUCCGUGCCCAGGCAAAGGAGAUUGACAUCCGCAGAAUCUGUGCCAAGUUAUUACUACACAAAUAUUAAUGGUGUCCCUGGCACAUAUUCAUUCGGCUACGACAGUUUCGACCCAGCCACUGGGAACACACAGUAUCGAACUGAGGAGCGAUACCCCAACGGCACAGUGGUUGGUAGUUACGGAUUUGUGGACGCAAGGGGAGUGCCGCAGAGGUUCAAAUACGUUGCUGACCAAAGCGGAUACAGGGUAAUGAGCGAUCCAGUAUACAAUACUGUGCCGCAACCUAUAGAACUUAUGUCGGUUGAGCCCACGGAGCCUUCUAUAACAUGGACGAGACCUAGAAGACCUAACAAGAGCCAUAGAAACAAAGGGACAUACUUUACGAAAAUACCUAUAGAGAAAAACACCAAUUUUGUACCAGACAACCUAUUUUAGAUUAUUAGAGACAAUUAUACGUUUAAUUU